GUAAGGCUGUCGGUCGGACGGUGUUGGGUGUGCCUUGAUAACGUUCCCUUUGCAUGGAUUUUACAGAUCCUCCUCUUCUGAAUGUUGCCCGACAGCUGAAUUUAGAAGAUUAUGUGUUGGCGCUGGAAGGAGGUAAAGAGGAUAUAAGACCAAGGACAGUUCAUGAGAACAGGAAACUACUUCAUGCUCGAGUCAAAGACUCUCUGCCUCCAAUACUCCCUGAUCAUGACAGUGAUAACAAUAAGGUGUUUAAAGUCACUGCUCAGUCAAGGUACAUGAAACCAUUGCCAAAUCUAACUCCACCUCCCAUCCGUCUGGCUGGACCUCUGUUGUUGCAGAAGCAGAGUCUGAUCAGCUUGAAAGAACGGAGCCACAGUAGGCAGUCCAGCACACCAUCUGAAGCAGGUAGCAGUAAAUCAGAAUUCCAUAUUGUGGACAGGCAGCAAAGCCCAGGAAAGCUUCAAGAGAUUGUCACAGGGACAAAGAGCAUCGCUGUCAUAGCAGCUAAGCGGCGAUCACAAGCGAAUGUGGCUGACUUGGCGCUGGUACCCACAAGAGAAAAGGAAAGGAACAUGCUGUCCACUCACUCAGCAGAGGAGACCGAGGAGAACCCAGUUCCAGUAGUUGCAAAGACUAACAUACUAAACACUGAGUUGAGGUCGGUAGUCAACUUUGAUCAUCUCAUGGUUGAGAUGGGAGUGAACACCUUCAGGAACAAGCAAGAGUACAGUAGUCCCCCUACCCCCUCCCCAUCUGAGUCUUGCACCAAAAUAAAAGGACUGAGAAAGACCAAACAAAUGGAAGAUUCCACCGAGAGAAAUGCAAGGAAGAAUCAAUCCCAAUCCUUCGAAGUGAAUUCCCAGGGGCUUCCCAAGCUCAGACCAAGCUUCUCACGGCCUCACAAUCUCAAAAGCAUUUCUGACCAUCGGUUUUCUGUUGCUCCACGCCUUUUCCAGAACUCCAACCUCAAUCUGCAGCCAAAGGUUCUACCAGCAACAAUUGCCAAUCUUCCAAAUGCCAAUGUACCUCCUGCAACAAAGAUCAAAUUCCCACUCAACUAUCAUUCAGGUGAAAGCCAGUUACAGAAGAUAGAAGUGGGUAACACUACCCCAAGUACCAUUCACCAGAGAAACGCAGAGGGGAACAAGGGGUUGAUCUUGCACAAGCGUGUUAGAGGCCCAGGUGAUGGUACCAACACACAGCAGCUCCGAGCACAUCUUGGAAACUUCAAAAAGGGAAAUCAUUUGCCUGUAAGGUCCCAGAGAUUGACUGGCACCAACCCACAUAUCAGACCAGAUGGUAAAUAUAGGAAAUGACCACAUGUAAAAAAACAUUUGGAUGGUAUGAUUGGUGGAUUUGUGAAAAAGAACAGGAUUGAGAAUAACCCGCAAAGAAUAACACCCAGGAUGACAAUCUUCAGCCGAGCUAUUAAAUUGCAAAGGAUUGAGAAUUUUAUACAUUUUUUCUUUCUUAAAAACAAAACAGCAGAACCUAAAGAGAAUGGUUAUUUUCGACAAUUUUACUGCUGCCAAGCACCCAGACAGGUGAAAACAUUGCAUCAUUUUGUGUUUGUAUGCAAACUGUUAGUGAGGAUUGUACAAGGAGAGUAUGUAAACUGUAAUUCAGUAAAGGUGCAAAUCCUUUGAGUACAGUAAAGCAUUGAGAGCCAGCUUGUUGAAUAAGGAAGACCAUUGGCAACUUUCAGAAUCUGCAUUAUUGUAUCAUAUGAUUACCAACAAAAUAUUUUGUAAAUUUCUCUCACAAAUGUAUAAUUACAUAAUUAAAA